AUGGUUUUGAAGCUCUACGGAUUUGCUACCUCAACAUGCACACUCCGUGUUGCAGUGGUAUUGAAGGAAAAGAAUGUACAAUUCGAGUUCAUUCCUGUUGAUCUAACCAAGGGUGCACACAAGGCUCCUGAAUUUACCGCCUACCAGCCUUUCGGCCAAGUCCCUUACAUUGAUGACAAUGGUUUGAUUCUUUAUGAAUCGAGGGCGAUCUGCCGGUAUAUCGCCGCGAAGUACGCUUCGCAUGGAACUCCCCUCCUUCCCACCGAUCCCACCGCCAUCGCAUUAUUUGAGCAAGCUGCAUCAACUGAAACAUCUAACUAUGAUCCUUUCGUCUCCGGAUUGGCAUGGGAGUUGAAGUUCGCUAUGUGGUUUGGAGGGAAGACCGACGAAGCCCGUGCUAAAUCACUACAAAGCCAGCUUUCUGCUAAGCUUGAUAUUUAUGAUCUCAUCCUUGGCAAGCAGAAAUACCUGGCUGGAAAUGAUAUCACUCUGGCCGAUCUGUUCCACCUGCCUUAUGGUGCUGUCCUUCUGGAUAUUGGGCUCGACGAGUUCAGCAGCCGCCCCAAUGUUGCCAGGUGGUGGAAGGAUAUCUCAUCCAGGGCAUCCUGGGAAGCAGUGAAGGGAGGUAUCUGA